AAAUAUUUGAAACGCCAAUUGGACCAAAUAAGCAUUCGAUUGACCAAUCAGGACAAAGGAGGCAAAGAUAUUUUUUGUCAAUCAACUGCAUUUGUGACGUCAAGUGGAGUGCAUCUUCUAUAAAAGGCGCAUUUUAGUGAGGCAUCUUAAACAUUAUUCAAUUUGUUGGCAAUGCGAUGUACGAAGCUUUCAUUAGCGGUUACCGUUUGGCCGAUGUGUCACAUGGCAAACCCUAUUAUGUUUACUGUAUCGAGAUCUUGGAAUCACAAACCGGCACUCGAUACACCAUUGAGAGGAGAUAUAGCGAAUUUAGCGCGUUACAUCGCACGUUGAAGAAGGACAAUUCGGAUAUUGCGCCUUUUCCACCAAAGAGAGUAAGAAACUCGCAACCAAAAGUAUUAGAGCAACGACGAGCUGCACUGGAAUUAUAUAUACAGAAGAUGCUACAUUUACUGGCAACAAAGCAGCAAGUUCUCAAUUUUUUAGGCAUAGAAGACCAGGGAUUUACAUCUCACAAGAGAUUAUACAAAGCUACAAAUUGCUCGAUACACAAUCCAAAUACUCUGGGACAUCAUCCAGUCUUAACUUUUCACUAUGAUCCAUAUGUCCAAGCUGAUUCAACUAGCAGUCUUCCAGAUGUUGUAACGAAUGGUGUGUUACUAGGUAUAUACAAAUCUUGAUAUUUCCAAUGUAUUGAGAUAAUUUGCAAGGAUAUUGAAGGAUAACAAUAAAUAUUGAUAAGGGGUGAAAUCUAAUGAAAAGAAUGUAAUAAUAUACAAAUGAACAAAA